GCAAUGGAACCUGCCAAUAACAGUAACGUCCACGUGACAGAAUUCAUUCUUCUUGGAUUUCCAUACCUUCACAAUUACACUUUUCUAUUGUUCUUCAUUUUUCUGAUGAUCUACAUUCUAAUCAUCCUGGGAAAUGCUUCUAUUCUGGUUGCAGUGUCAACAACAAAGAAACUCCAUUCUCCAAUGUUCUUUUUCCUCAGCAAUUUGGCUGUAAUAGAUAUAUUAGCUGCAAAUACAGCUAUCCCAAAGAUGCUUGCUCUGUUUAUAUUCAAUGAUAAUACAAUUUCAUUUAGUGCAUGCUUCUUGCAGCUUUAUAUUUUACAUUCAUUAGGUGUGACAGAAGGCCUAAUCCUUGUGGUUAUGGCAUACGAUCGCUACAUAGCAAUAUGCAGUCCAUUACGAUAUACAGUAAUCAUGACCAGCAAAGUUAACAUUCUGAUGACAGCAACAAGCUGGAUAACAUCUUUCAUUCUUAUAGGAGGAGCAAUACUAAAGACACUAGAAUUACCUUUCUGUGGGCCUAACAGAAUAAAUCAUUGUUUCUGUGACCAUCUGUUUGUUAUCCGAUUGGCAUGUGCAGAUGUAUCAUUACACACCUACAUCGGCUUCUUUAUAGCAAUGACAGUAGCCAUUGUUCCACUUGCUCUUGUUGGGUUCUCCUAUGCCAAAAUUAUUCUUUCCCUGUUAAACAUGUAUUCCAACAAGGGAGGCUGGAAGGCUUUUUCCACUUGCAGCUCUCACUUAACAGUUGUAAUUAUGUAUUACUUAUUUAUUGGUAUUAUUUAUGCAUCUUACAGAGUUGAGAGCGGCAGUGAUGAAUUUCAUGCCUUUGGUACAGUUUUAUUAACUACUUUAAAUCCCAUGCUAAAUCCCAUAAUUUAUGCUUUACGAAAUAAAGAUGUCAAAGAAACUCUUAGGAAAUGUAUCAUAAUGAAAAUAUUUCAGAAUUAG